GUUUUUUUUUUUGGUUUGGGAUUUUCUAAUCAAUGAAUUAAAUGAAUCUCUCUUUUUCUUUCGCUUUCUCCUUUUAUCUUCUUUUGUUACUGUUGUUUUUGGGGUUAGCUUCUGCAUUUGAGUUUGACCCGUCGGAGCUCCGAUCUUUACUCGAGUUCAAGAAAGGCAUCAAAACCGACCCUUUUGAUAAGGUACUCCCCUUAUGGAAUCCGGAUACCCGACCCGACCCUACUUCAUGGACCGGUGUUACCCUCGACCCCAACUCCGGCUUCAUCGUUUCUCUUAACUUAGAUCGUCUCGGUCUCGUCGGCAACCUCAAGUUCCACACUCUCACUCCCCUCAAGAAUCUCCAAAACCUCUCCCUGUCAGGCAACAUUUUUACCGGUCGGAUCGAACCCGCAUUGGGCUUGAUACCCUCGCUGCAACAUUUGGAUCUGUCCCAUAAUCAGUUCUUCGGCACGAUCCCGGGACGGAUCACGGACCUUUAUGGGUUAAAUUACAUGAAUUUAUCGGGUAACAAAUUAGAAGGUGGAUUACCGGGCGGGUUCCGAAAUUUACAGCAGUUAAGAGUGUUAGAUUUACACAACAAUGUGCUCCGAGGCGAUAUAGGCGAGUUACUUAGCGAGUUAAGAAACGUUGAACACGUUGAUUUGAGUUAUAACGAGUUUUACGGAGGUUUGUCUGUGGCUGUUGAAAAUGUGUCCAGUUUGGCUAAUACAGUGCGUUUUGUGAACUUGAGUCACAACAUGUUGAAUGGUGGGUUUUUUAAAGAGGAAGCGAUUGGGUUGUUUAAGAAUUUGCAGGUUUUGGAUUUGGGCGAUAACUUGAUUGCUGGGGAGUUACCAAGUUUCGGGUCGUUGCCGGGAUUACAAGUUUUGAGGUUGGGAAAAAAUCUGCUCUUCGGGCCGGUUCCAGUGGAGUUGUUGGAGGGUUUUGUUCCAGUGGAGGAGUUGGAUCUCAGUCACAAUGGAUUUACGGGUUCGGUUCGCUUAAUUAACUCUACGACUUUGAAGAUUCUGAAUCUUUCUUCUAAUCGGUUGUCUAGUGAUUUGCCCUCUUCUCUAAGAAGCUGUGAAACAGUUGAUUUGAGUAGCAACAUGAUCUCUGGUGAUAUAUCUGUUAUGCAGAAUUGGGAAGCCUCUUUGGUGGUCCUUGAUUUGAGUUCAAACUUGUUGUCUGGAAGCCUGUCACACUUGUCUCACUUUGAAGAUUUAAACACAUUUAAUCUUAGGAAUAAUUCCCUUGUUGGUAUCUUGCCUUCUCUAUUGGAUACCUCUCCAAGAUUAUCUGUUGUCGAACUCAGUUUGAAUCAACUCAGUGGAACUAUUCCUGGUAGUUUCUUCACUUCUACGACUUUGAAAAGCCUGAAUCUUUCAGGAAAUCAUUUCACUGGACCAAUUCCUCUUCAAGGCUCACGUGUUAAUGAAUUACUUGUUAUGUCGUCUUAUCCACAAAUGGAGUCUCUUGAUCUCUCCAACAAUUCCUUGACAGGUGGUUUGCCUUCAGAGAUUGGUAACAUAGCUGGGCUCAAACUGCUGAAUCUUGCUGACAACGAAUUAUCAGGCCAGCUGCCUAGUGAAUUAAGCAAACUUAGUAAUUUGGAAUACCUUGAUUUAUCCAGAAAUAACUUCAAGGGUAAAAUCCCUGAUAAGCUUUCAACUAGCCUUAAUGGAUUUAAUGUGUCCUAUAAUGAUCUGUCAGGUCCUGUUCCGGAAAAUUUGAGAGGCUUCCCUAGGUCUUCAUUUUCUCCAGGAAACACAUUGCUGAUUUUCCCUAAUGGUAUGCCAUCAACAGACACCCCUCAAGAUCAGGCCCCUGAUCAUGUGAAACAUCAUAAUUCAAAGGGUAAUAUUAAAGUAGCAAUCAUUAUUGCGUCAGUUGUAGCUGCUGUAAUGUUUGUUUUUGUAUUAUUGGCAUAUCACCUUGCUCAACUUAAAGAAUUUCAUGGAAGAAGUGGAUUUACUGAAACAACUAUUGGAAGUGAUGCAAAGUUAAGCAGACUUUCACGACCUUCCCCUUACAAGUUCCACUCAAAUGUUCAGACGCCACAAACUUCAUUGAGUUUUUCAAAUGAUCACUUGCUUACUUCAAAUUCUAGGUCUUUGUCUGGACAGCAAGAAUUUGUUACUGAAAUUGUUGAGCAUGGUGCACCCGAGAGAGUUGCAGCCUCUUUGGCAUCCGUGAAUCCUAACCUACUAGAUAAUGAGCCAGCAACAUCUGGGAGGAAAUCCUCCCCAGGCUCUCCAUUACCAUCAUCACCCCAUUUUAUAGAAUCAUGUGAACAGCCUGUGAUAUUGGAUGUGUACUCACCGGAUCGUUUGGCUGGAGAAUUGUUCUUUCUCGAUACUUCAUUAACAUUCACUAUUGAGGAGUUAUCUCGAGCUCCAGCAGAAGUUCUUGGCAGAGGCAGCCAUGGAACUCUAUAUAAAGCUACUCUGCGUAAUGGACAUAUGUUGACUGUGAAGUGGUUGCGUGUAGGACUGGUUAAACAUAAGAAAGAAUUUGCUAAGGAAGUUAAAAAGAUAGGAUCCGUAAGACAUCCUGACUUUGUUCCAGUCCGAGCAUACUAUUGGGGGCCAAGGGAACAAGAGAGGCUUCUUCUAGCAGAUUAUAUCCAGUGUGAUAGCUUGGCUUUGCAUCUCUAUGAGACAACUCCUCGGAGGUACUCCCCAUUAUCUUUCAGCCAAAGACUGAAAGUUGCUGUGGAAGUGGCUCAGUGUCUGUUACACCUACAUGAUCGAGGCCUGCCACAUGGAAACCUAAAGCCGACAAAUAUACUCCUUGUUGACCCUGAUUACCAUGUUUUCCUGACCGAUUAUUGUCUUCACCGGCUGAUGACACCACUUGGCAUUGCAGAGCAGAUAUUGAAUCUGGGAGCCCUUGGAUAUCGCGCUCCCGAACUUGCUUCUGCAUCUAAACCGGUCCCAUCAUUUAAAGCUGAUGUCUACGCAUUUGGAGUGAUCCUGAUGGAAUUGUUAACAAGAAGAAGCGCUGGUGACAUAAUAUCAGGUCAAUCAGGAGCAGUGGAUCUGACAGAUUGGGUUCGAUUAUGUGAUCAAGAAGGACGGGGAAUGGACUGCAUUGACAGAGACAUUGCUAGCGGGGAAGAACACACAAAAGCAAUGGAUGAUUUGCUUGCCAUAUCACUCAGGUGUAUUCUUCCUGUAAAUGAGAGGCCUAGCAUCAGACUAGUAUUUGAGGAUCUCUGUUCAAUAUCCCUCUGAAAUUUUGUACAUUCGUCUGGGAAUUCUUUUUUGUUAUUCCUCGGCCACAUUGUUGUUGUCGUUGUCUUUUUUUUUUUUUUUCCAUAUUAUUUUUUUUCUCCUCUUCAAUUGGUUUUCAGCCUAGUGAUUUUGGGGCUAGUAAUCACAUUUCUUUUUCUUGAAAAUUUUCUUGUAAAGUGACUACUGAUCCAUUUGUUAUUUGACACUGUUUCCUGUUUGAUCCCCAAUCGAAAAAAGGAUGCAAAUUUUCUCUUCAAUCUGUCUCAAUCA